AUGUCACUAUCCAGACUUUCCAGAAGAACCCAUCUAUUUCCUUACAUUAACAACACUGUACAGCAUUCCCCUUAUCAAUCCAGGCAUUUAUACAAAGCAUUUUGGCAGAAAUAUUAUUUUCUGGGGGCUAAUAAUACUAGCUAUGCACGAGAAUAUGGUUUUGGACUUGGGCGUUUGAUGUCAAGAUCUGAGUUUAGUAAGGUGUCGUUGGAUAGGUGUAAUGGGUUUUUGCCUUUGAGAACUCGGAGUUUGGAGAGGUCUUCUCCUUUUCUUAGUUUUCAUCGGCAAUAUGUUCCUACUCCUAUUUCCAGAGAACAAAAGUCGACGAAGAUGCUUGUAUACUUGACAGGGUUGGUAUUUGCAAUGGUCGGAUGUAGUUAUGCUGCAGUUCCUCUGUAUAGGAGAUUCUGCCAAGCUACUGGUUAUGGGGGCACCGUUCAGCGCAAGGAGAGUGUGGAAGAAAAAAUUGUGCGGCAUGCUCAAGAUGGAACCAUUACGACCAGGGAGAUUGUGGUGCAGUUCAAUGCUGAUGUGGCGGAUGGAAUGCCUUGGAAGUUUGUUCCUACACAACGAGAGGUAAGGGUUAAGCCAGGAGAGAGUGCCCUUGCAUUUUACACUGCUGAAAAUCGAAGUUCAACACCCAUAACUGGUGUAUCUACAUAUAAUGUUACACCCAUGAAGGGCAAUGAAAGACCACUUCAAUCUAGGAAACAACCAUGCUUGGUACUACACGAUAGCAUCGAGAGUGGUGAUCUAACGCCCCACAUCCACAUGGUUCGGGGAGACCAAGGUCAAAAGCAUGACUAUGGGGAGCAACAAACUUCCGCCUUGAUUCCGUUGAGCCUCCUUAUUUGGCUCUUAGCUGCAGUUUACUUCAACAAAAUACAAUGCUUUUGCUUUGAGGAGCAGCGACUUCUACCUGGGGAGCAAAUUGACAUGCCUGUGUUCUUUUAUAUAGACCCCGAGUUCGAAACAGAUCCUAAAAUGGAUGGUAUCAGCAACUUGAUCUUAUCCUAUACAUUUUUCAAGAUUUCUGAAGAGUAA